CUGAGCGUGUCUCAGUUGAGUUUGUCUGUAGUCUGAGAGAGUUUGUUUUACCCUUUGCUCUCAUUCUGUCCAACACUGAGUCCCCAGCAGUUCUUAUGAAGAUGACUCUAACAGGGAUAUUUUUCAUCCUUGCUGGGAUUAUCUACACAGAGGCGACGGAUGUAGCUGUGGAUGUUAAUCUGAUUGGAUGCACAGACACAGAUGGAGAGUUCAUGUAUGGACUGGAUGGGGAAGAGAUGGCUCACUCAGACUGGAAGGCUGAAAAGUUAGUGAUGACACUGCCUAAGUUUGCUGAUCCAUUUAAAUAUGUGGAGGGCGCAUAUGAGAGUUCAAUUGGACAGAUACAAAUCUGCAGGGCGAACUUGGCAGUAAGCAUACAAGCAAACAAAAACCCAGCAGUGGCAGAGGCCCCCCCCAUGAGCUCCAUCUACCCCAAAUCUAAAGUGAAGGUGGGAACUGAGAACUCUCUCAUCUGCUACAUCACUGCAUUCUACCCUCCCCGGCUCAAUGUGACCUGGACCAAGAACAACAAGAUGAUGACUCAGGGAGUGAGCACCAGUCAGCUGCGGGUCAAUCUUAAAGAUGGCACCUACACCAUGAUCUCCACCCUGCAGUUCACCCCUCAGGACGGGGACAUGUACACCUGCACUGUGGAGCACUCGGCACUGGACCAGCCCAUGACCAGAGAGUUCGAUGUGGAGGUGCCUGCUGAGCCCAGUCUUGGUCCAGCAGUGUUCUGUGGAGUGGGUCUGACUCUGGGGCUGCUGGGAGUGGCUACCGGAACAUUCUUCCUCGUCAAGGGAAACCAGUGCAACUGAAACUGAGUUUGGUUCUGGCUUGGCAAAUGUCAUUAUUCUAAAAGAACAGAUAUUCACUCUGGAAAAUCACCUGAAGCAGUAAAGGGUCACAGCAUCACAUCUGUAAAUUGAUAUAUUUCACAAAUCUUUUUUUUGUACUGGAUUUUUUCUGUCUGUUAAA